AUGGCUCUGGCGGGUGCUGUAAGCAACUUGAACUUUACGUGGCUCGACGGCAUAGAUGAAACUAUGGGCGUCUCGAAGACGGCUGAAGAUGAUGGUGCACCUUCCAGGCAAGCUGCUGGGGCCAGGGGAUCGUGGAGAGCCCACAUGAACGCGAUCCAGGCGAUAGUCGACCAAGGUCUAGAGAGUGCCCUCAUCAUGGAGGAUGAUAUUGACUGGGACGUGAGGCUGAAGAGCCAGAUGCGGUCCUUCAGCACGGCAGUCAGGGCAUGGCUGAGCCGUACUGAACCGUCAGCCUGGUCUCAGGGGCAUAAGGAAACUGCGCAAGAGGUUGCUGAUCGGGUCACCACCCCCAUACCCUUCUUUCCAGUUGCGGAUAAAAACCGAUCUCCGUAUGGUUCGGGCUGGGACGUCCUCUGGCUCGGCCACUGCGGCACCGAGUUCCCUAGCUCGCAUCAGUCCCAGCGCCGCAUCUCCAUUCCCGACGAUACCACGGUGCCGGCGCCGAGGCACCUCAAGCCACACCCCUUUGCACUCAACGACCCGCUAGGAGAGCUCUACCCCCCGCAUACGCGUGUGGUGCAUGCGUCGAGCGGUACGGUCUGCACGCUCGCGUACGCUGUAAGCCGCCGGGGGGCGAAGAGGCUGCAGCAGCAAUUCGGACCUGCCGCCUUCACGAAGCAAUGGGACCUGGCGCUCGGGGACUGGUGCGACGACGGGACAGAGUCUUCUGAGACGGGCGCCGGACCGGCAGGAGACCACGCUGGGAACGGAGAAGACGAGACGGGCAACCGGCCGCUGUGCCUCACGGUCCAGCCGCCCAUCGUCAAUCAUUACCACGCGCAAGGCGGCAGCUCAGACAUCCUCGGCCAGGGCGGAGGAUACGUCCGGACGGUUGGGUCCCCGUACGUCCGGCUGAGUGUUCGCUUGAAUCUGGCGCGAAUUCUUAGGGGGUGGGCUGUUGAGGACCUCGCUGAUCAGUUUCCUGACGAAGGGGGGUCGGCUUAA